AUGGUCGCGCGACUUUCUGGGCUGCAGCGAGAAGUCCUUAAGCUCUAUCGACGAUGCUUGCGGGAGGCUAACAAGAAGCCUGAGCACUCUCGGGCCAAUUUCAAGGCCGCCGCACGGCGUGAAUUCCGCAAGGCCUCGUCGAUCGACAGGAAGGACUUCUCAGCCGUCGAAACAUUGCUCCGCAUGGGCCACAGGAAGCUCGAGCUCUACUCGGCGCCCGGCGUUACCGAUAUCCAUUGA